AUGCACUCUCCCAAGAAAAAAAAAUAAAAACUCUCUAGCAAUACACACCAAACUGAGCAUGUGCAGCUUGCCCCCAAGGUUCUAUUCUAUCAGCAGAUGGAUAGGGAACUGUGGAAGAAGGGAAGGAUCAGAGAAGACAGGCUCAAACAUCCUUUUUACACAAUGUAGAUGAUUAACCCCUUAGGUUCCACAGUGAGUAUAACAAGCAUGCUUUACUGCAUAUACAGACUGAUUUUACUGAUGUGGGUUUAGUAACACUUUAAGAGUAAACAAUACAU